AACGAGGGGAAUUUCAAGGAUAACAUCAACCUACCCUCCCCCCUCUCUCUCUCUCCCUUCGUCCCGCAUCUCUCUCCAGAUCGAUUGUAGAAAUCGAUUUGUAACAAAUGCUACAACCAUCGGUAGUUUAUCUGUUGCCACCGAUUACACCUACAAUCGUUUACGGCGUUAAUGAAAUCGAUUUCUACAAUCAGCGGAUCUUCAUCACUUUCCUCCAGCCUUCAUGUUUCAUCUAAGCAAUCGUUAUUUGCUGAUACUCGAUCGAACAAACUGGAGGACGAAGAUCCUCACCUCACUUUUGGUCCCCUUACAUCUUCUUGACUAUUCCUGACUGGCUCUUCGGAAUUUUGCAGUAAGUAUCGAUCCGAUAAUCUUGUUUACACAUUCUCUCUCUCUCUCUCUCUCUCUCUCUCUCAUACACACACAUCUUCAUCGUUCCCGCCUUUGAUUGCCAUCGCCUCGCCUCCGGAUGGUGAUUCGCUCCUUCGCCUUCAUCGUCGUUUCCUUCCUUCGACAUUGUGGUUCUUCCAUGACAUAUCCUUACCACCUACAAAUUCUGAUACUAAUUCGGAUACUGGUGGUUGAUCGGUGAUGUUCAAUCAAUCUCGGCGAAACUUUCUUUCAUUCUCCCUCCGGCCGCUACUGUGUCUACUAAUCGAUUUCAUAGCUACAUCUGAGGUUCACUUCACUUUAUCUCAAUUUGAACCGAUCCGGCUAGAUUGUCGAAGAAGUGUACAUCGGCUAGUCUUCUCGAUGGAGAAUCCAUUUCACUUAGCUAUGGGGAUCGAAUUGCUCUGGAGGGGGAGUAUAUUCACUGUCCGCUCUUCUAGGGAGCAAGAACAAGAACAAGAACAAUUGACAAGAAGUUGGAAAGAAGUCUCCUCCAUUCAUAUCGAAAGAUUUGGAGGAAAUUGUGGUGAAUAUUGAAGAGGUGAAAAUGAUAAAUUGAAGAAAAUAAUGAAAUAUUGACACGAAGACAUAAAACGCCUUGAAAUUUGUAGCAUU